AUGUCACUAUUUCAGAAAAUUUUAGAAAAGGUUUCUCAAAAGUGAGAAAAGACAACAUGAAAAAUGACUAUGGUUGUUGGCAGUGCCGUAACAAUAGCACUUAUUCUAAUAUUUGCCAGCCAUCGUAAAAAAGCAGCCCCAGCUUUACACUCCACACCACAAAAUUCCAAAAAAAUUGAAUCCCAUCAAAUCGAUCCUUUUACUCCAAGUUCCGAUCUUUCUGCAGAACUGAAUAAAAAACUCCUAACAAAGUCUGCUUUAUUAAAAAUUCUGCACCUUGUAAAUGAAAAGCUACGCCAAGAUUUCGUAAAAAUUAUAUAGAAACCUAUCAAAGAGCAAAAUCGUCACGAAAGACGAAAACUGAAAAAAAAUUCCCAAGAAAGCUAUCAAGAAUUUCUUAAAUCUUCUAUAUCUGAUGAACUGAAAUUUACGGAACAAGUUUUAGAUGGAGUUUUAGCGGAAUCUCAAAUUAAUAAAGAAAAGUUCAAUGAAGCUCUAAAGCUUUAUCAAGAAGAUGAUGAAAUCAUAGGAUGCAUAAAUAAUUCAGAAUUUGAAGCAAGCAGAGGUUUAUUGCCUAAAUUAGAAAUUUGUGUAGAAGUUUUUAUAUUGUUUAUAUAUAAGUAGCUCUAGCCCUCUUAAUAAUAGCACAUAAAUUCUCUUAUUUAUUUCAUUAUAUAUAGGCAAGCUAUUUUAUAUAAAAAAAAUAUAAAUUUUGAGCUUGAAUAUUGGAAUGAAAAAUCCUCAAAUAACACCACCACACAAGCGAAGCUAGAAAAUAAAUGUAUUCUAGAAGACGAAAUCCUAGAGAAAUGGGGAGCAGAGAUAGGAGAUGUGCAUUUAUUAGCUAAAAAUAGUAAAGAAAACAGAAAAAAACUUUUAGGGUUAUAUAAUAAAGUAAGAGAAAUUUGCCCAUAG